AUGUCCCGGAACCUUCGCUCACCUUUUGAUGAAGAUGAAGCAUCUCUAUCUGACACUGCUGUCCGUCGCCCCGCCCGCGUUGUACGGCGUCCUGCGAGCCGCCAUCGCCGGAAUAGGACCUCAGUCACCAACGAAGACCUGAUCAGCUUCCGCGAGAAGAUACUCGGUAUCCCACGCUCAGAGCAGCCUCCUAUCCCCGGUUCUGAGCCCAAAGAGGAAGACGAGGACUUCUCCGCUAUCAACGCUGCUAUUGCAGCUUUCAGCAUGUCUGUCAGCCAAGGCAGUCCAAGCAUAGCGAACAACACUACUGCUGCUCCGUCGAGCUCUACCAGUGGACCCUCUACUGCCGGCCUGUUUACAAACUUCUUCGAGUCGAGCAACUCCAACAACACGGCCGGCAACCCUCCAGCCAUGUCUGCUCCCCGCCAUAGCAACUCUGCUCCCGCCAGCCCCGCCAUGCAUAAUGGCACUCCGGCCAUGCCAGCAAUGAACGCCGCCUUCCCGAUGAACGCCGGACACCAGAUGGACCUUAACCAUCUCUAUGCCAUGGUGAAUGAACUAAGUGAGGUCUUGAAGAACAACCGUGACUUGACCAGCGGGAUUAUUAAGAGCGCUGAAGAUAUCGCGCGUCGUGCUGCAGCUGAAGGCACCACCCCAAGUCUACAGGAAGCCAAUGGAGAGAUCACCGCUACACGUAUUGCCGAGCUCGAACGCGCCCUUGCUAGAGAAAAAAGCCGCGUUGAGACCCUCCGCCACGAGCAGGUUGAGAAUAUGAAGCUGAUCGCCGAGUACGAGAAUGCGGUUGGCACUAUGGUAGAGCAAAUCCGCAACUACUGCUGCAACAACGAAGGCCACUUCCUCUCUCAGAAGCGCCGCUACAACGAUCUUCUGCAAGCCGAACGAGAUGCGCACCUGGCAUCACGUCUGGAUCGCGACUACUGGCACGCGCAGACCAUGAAGUGCGCCGAGAUGAUCCGAACAGCCUACCGUCUGCGCUGUGAGGAGGAAGAGCUUCCUCUUCGCAUCGUGGCGGGGCUGCAGAACGAGGUGCGGGCUUACCGCAACGCUCUGGGAAUGGACCCGGAGAAGCCAGAGGAGGAGUGGGGAUGGGAGAUCCUCAAGGAUGCUCCCCCAGGCGUCGAGUAG